ACGCCGCCUCCGCCUCCGCCUCUUCAAUAAAUUCUGCUUUGCUUAAGCCCCGUCGAAAUCUCUCUCUCUCUCUCUCUCUCUCUCUGUUUUCUCUCUAGAUACUCCGCAAACAUGUCUGGGGAAGAGGAAGAAAACGCCGCCGAGCUUAAAAUCGGAGACGAGUUUUUGAAGGCAAAGUGCUUAAUGAACUGCGAAGUUUCUUUGAUUCUCGAACACAAGUUCGAGCAGCUUCAACAGAUGUCUGAUGAUCCCAGGAACCAAAUUUCUCAAGUAUUUGAGAAGUCACUGCAGUAUGUGAAGCGCUUCAGCCGUUACAAAAAUCCCGACGCUGUUAAACAAGUUCGAGAAAUCCUUAGUAGAUAUCAGCUGACUGAGUUCGAGCUCUGUGUUCUUGGCAAUCUCUGCCCUGAAACUGUUGAGGAAGCUAUUGCUAUGGUGCCAUCUAUAAAGGCAAAAGGACGGGUUCACGACGAUGAUGCAAUUGAUAAAAUGUUGAAUGACCUGGCGCUAAUCAAGAAAUUUGAGUAGUCUGUCGCUACUUCUGUUCCAUAUGACUAUGAAAGGUGCUGUAUUUAUGGCAAUGCAACUCCGAACGUCUUUUUGUAGCAUAUUUUUUAAUAUUCAGAACUUGACUGCCAAGCAAGCUGUCUUUGGACAGCCACCAACUUCAAACCUUGUGUGUGGAUCUUACAUGGAUGUAGUUGAAUGAAUAUUAUGACUAGUAUUCGUGGGUGAUGAUGCCCUUGAGUGAUUUGUUCUGAAGUA